UAAAUGAAAUGUAGAUAAGUACCUACUGUGUCUUAUUAGUAAUUCUUAGAUAGCAGUUGUAUAUUAACUCUAUUCAAAGUAGCCCCUCUCGAAAAUAUUUUCUGUAUAGUGUAUUGUACAGUGGGGUAGGUAAGGGAGGGGGAUUGAGGGUAAACCCUUUGCCAAUUUCCUUCUAGUAAAUAAAAACAAUUAUUACCUACCUAAAUAUAUCAAACUCCCUCUCCUUCAUAAAUAAUCUUUACCUACACCACUGAGAAUCUACCAUUGUUAAUGGACAUACUUAGACAAUUAUCAAUAAAUAUAGUAUAGGUAUUUUAAUUAUACUCUUAUCUAUUAAAUUUUCAUCCCUUAGAAAAAUAUGAAUUGACGUCCCUUGGACAUUGUACAAGUACUUUUUUAAUUACAAGUUGUUGUAAGAGACAGGACCAUAGAUAUAUCCUUAUAUGUCUAUAUAGAAUACGUCUUAAUAAUAUACGCGUUUUACGUGUUUGCAUGCGUAACCAUAGUAAAUGUUUCAAUUGAUUGAGACAAGCUGAUAACAGUAUUUACUCAAAUUACACUAACACCCCUCACUAGCAACACAGAAUAAAUUAUAUUUAAUCUAUUCUGUACUAGCACCAUAGCAUCUUUAGCAGUAUAGAUACACUCGGACAACGUCAACCGAGUGAUAGAGAAAAAGUGAGUGUGUUCAGAUCAUGUGGAUUUUGAACCCAUUAUGGAAAUUUCUGAAGGCUGUGAGAAAAAAGAGUUAUGUAGAAAUGAUAUUAUGCAUUUUCCUGUUGGUGUUGAUACCUACAUACUAUUGUAUUGAUGUAUUUCACAUAUUACCGUACAUGUAUCAGCUUCCAUCGGUCUGGUAUUUGAUGCAUGUGCUGCUUUUAACAUUUAUGGUUUUCAACAUAUUGACGAAUUUCAUUGCUGUAAUAUAUGCAGAUUCGUCGAUAGUGGGACGACUGCUUAUUUUGUCUGAACACGCAUCAACAGAUAAUAAUAUUAUGUACUGCAAUAUUUGCCAAUGUGCUAUGCCUCUAAGAUGUUGGCAUUGUGACGUAUGCGACAUUUGUAUUUUGACUAGAGACCAUCACUGUACUUUUAGCACAACAUGCGUGGGUCAUUACAACAGACGGUACUUCUUGUGGUUUUUGCUGUACUUUUCGACAGCUAGUUUUUAUGAGAUAAUUUUGAUUGGUUACUAUAUAUACUGUGAAGUAACCAUUCAAUUUUCAGACCUGAUGGUUUUAAUACCGAUCCAGUCAAUAAUAACCGGCUUCCAUUUAACUAUAGGCCAAAUUUUUGUAGUUUUACUUGCAUUGAAUCUUGUAGCCAUAUCCAUGUCAACAUUGUUAUUAAUUUAUCACUUGGAUAAGGUAUGCAAAGGUCAAGUAUGCCAUGAAAAACAAGAUGAUCAAUACAAUUUUGGCUUAACACAUAAUCUGGAAAAUGUUUUUGGAGAAAAAUGGUAUAUAACGUGGAUUUCACCAUUUAUCAAGUCCAAGUUACCUUGUAAUGGAAUUGACUGGCAGAAACAUAUUAAUCAGUAUAAAAGAGAUUAAGUCGAAAUUAUUUUGAAUUAACCAAUCUCUUUAUGAACAUUGUAACUUUACUAUCUGUGAUAUACAAACUCAAGUAUGCCUAAUACAAUUUAAGUUUUAAUAGAUUAUAAAUUUAUGUUUUUG